AUGCGGCUCAUUGGUGGCAGGAACAAUGAGGUUACUCUCAAAGAUUACUCCGGAGAAAAUUUGUCAUUUUAUGGAGGUGCUAAGGUCAAUUAUAGAAAAAGUGAAAAACAGUCCAACAGAUAUUGUCUGCCGCCCAGUCCGCAAACAGCCCUCCCAUAUCCAUUGAACUCUCGUUAUUCCUUAAACGCGCUUCAGCCUGAAAGUCGGUGGGACAGCAGAAAAAGUGUCCGAUUCUCCGAGCAUAUUGGUUGUAGGCAGAUCCCUUGUGCAGCAUCGGAGGAAAGCUUCUUGGAGACAUUAUCUGGCAAGAUGAAGGCACCGCGAAACUUCCAUACUCCCACAAUAGUCUUCGAAGACAAUCCAACCAGUCAAUUUCAGGGUCUCCUCUGUCUUCCCAAAAUCAGUAAAAGACGUCGUCCUGUUAGUCCUAUUGAAGCCGCUCUUUGGAAUAGUGGGCGUCAACUACGCCAAUAUGUCCCAUCCCCGAGUAUCUUCCAAAGAAUUGCAGAAUUUCCAUCUAAUUUUCUUCGAUGUCAUGGCCUAUGGAGAAGCCAACCAUCUCUCGAUUCCCCAGUUUGUAAAAAGAGAACACCGGGGAUUUCUUCCCCAGAUUCAGCGUUCGAUAUGAUGGAGUCAGUUUAUGUCUCAGAUUCGGAGGACGAGUGGGAAACUUCGCCGCAUGAUUUCGAAGGUUAUGAGAAUCCAUCAAAUUUCGUUUCGUCAAGGCAUCAGUCCAUUCAAAACCAAGUGUACGAAUUAAAUAAUCCAGAUGAAGAUUAUGAGUUUGAUGAAUAUGUUAUACCGAGAGCUGAAUUACACAUCUUAAAGAACCAUGAUUGUGUCCAAUUUCAGACUUUAGGUAGCCCCAAGAGUGAAGAUGACUCUAUUUAUGAAUUCAUCCCUUCCCCCAAGAUCUCCCCAAAGAAAACCACAUUACAGGAUCGAGUAACACAAUCACUCAAUCGUCUUAGCAUUCCUGAAUGGAUGCAAAAGAAGGUGAAGGGAAACUGUGCAUCCACUUCUUCAAAGCGCUUCAAUCGACUACCCCGAUUCCCUCAAUAUACUAAUCCCCAUCUCACUUCCACCCAUGAGGAUGUGUCAAAAAUCUCUCCUGUGUUAUUUCGCCGAUGA